AAAUAAAAAUAGAAAUAAAAAACACAAAAAUGGACCUGAGACUGAGAGAAUCGAUCUCCAACCAAAACGAGUUCGCCCUCCACCUCUCGAAGCACGUGGGGUCCACCGUCGCCGCCGGCGGAAACUUCGUCCUCUCUCCCGCCUCCCUCCACGCGAUCCUCGCCCUAAUCGCCGCCGGAUCAAAGGGCCCCACCCUCGACCAGAUCCUCUCGAUUCUUCGAUCGAAAUCCUCCGGCGAUCUCAACGCUCUCUCGUCUCAGAUCGUUGACGUUGUUCUCGCUGAUGGAUCGGCCAGUGGUGGGCCCAAGAUCAGCGUGGUUAAUGGAGUUUGGGUCGAUUCGUCGGUUUCUUUGAAGCGUGGGUUCAAGGAGAUUGUUGCUUCGAGUUUCAAGGCUGAGGCCCGAGCUGUGGAUUUCAAAACCAAGGCUGCUGCAGUGGUAAAUGAUGUAAAUUCAUGGGUUGAAAAUAAGACUGCUGGUCUUAUAAAAGAACUGCUACCUGCCAGAUCUGUUGACAACAACACCAAGCUUGUUUUAGGUAAUGCAUUAUACUUCAAAGGAGCCUGGGAAAUAAAGUUCUACUCCUCAGAAACUGAAGACUCAGACUUCUUCCUACUUGAUGGAAGUUCUGUACAAGCGCAGUUCAUGACUACUAAAAAGAAGCAAUAUGUAUUCUCCUAUGAUGAUUUCUCGGUCCUCAGGCUCCCCUACAAGCGAGGCAAUGACAUGAGGCAGUUCUCUAUGUGUAUUUUCCUACCAAAUGCAAAAGAUGGAUUAUGGAACUUAUUGGACAAGAUGAGUGCUGACCCCAGAUUUUUAGAUCGCCAUUUCCCACGACAAAAGGCCAUUGUAGGAAAGUUCAAGUUGCCGAAAUUCAAAAUCUCAUAUGGGUUCGAAGCAUCUGCAGCUUUAAAAAGUCUGGGUUUGGGUCUGCCUUUCACAAUGGAAGGGGAUUUGACAGAAAUGGUGGAUUUACCUCUUUAUGUUUCUGCAAUCUUUCACAAAUCUUUUAUCGAAGUUAACGAGCAAGGAACUGAAGCAGCUGGUGCUUCCGCUGCUGUGAUGAAGGAAGGGUGUUCGAGGUCCUUGCCUUUGGGUCCUUUCGAUUUCGAAGCUGAUCAUCCGUUUGCUUUUGUAAUACGAGAAGACAGGACGGGAGUUGUGUUGUUCACAGGGCACGUGCUUAAUCCUUCUUUAUCUGGGUAAGUCAAUGAAUGUAUCAUCUCACAAGCUAGGCCCUGAGUUUUACAAUGACUGCGCAUUGCUGUAACAGUACAUAUGAGCGUAUACUGGUAUGAACCCGCUUACAAUGUGCGUAUGUUGUUGUUAUAAACCUACUUCAAAUGUUUUGCAUAUUCUUUAUAAAAGUCACAGGUAUUUUCUUAAAA